AUGAAGCCAUCUGAGGCUACCGGGCAGCCCCCGGCCCCGGCCGGAGCCCAGGGAGGCCAGCCGCCGCACACCCCUCAGUCGGCAAACACAUCGCUGCCCAGCCAGACGACACCUGCCUACGCGGCACCGGCGGCAGCGCCUCCCAAAACCACGCCGACGAAGUCGACCCUUAAAGCCCUGCCGACCGUCAGAGACCACACGACAGACCAGUUGAACCAGACCGGCGACGAGUACCUCCCUCGCGAGAUUGACGAGUUCGGAGAGAAGAAGGUGAUGCCCAACGGCCAGCUCCUCGGUGGACGUACUUAUCGAUGCCGGACGUUUCUCGUGCCCAACAGGGGAGACAAGCUCUUCAUGCUCGCGACGGAAUGCGCAAGGGUGCUGGGGUAUAGGGACUCGUACUUGUUGUUCAACAAGAACAGGUCUCUGUUCAAGAUCAUUGCGAGCCAGGCCGAAAAGGACGACCUAGUCCAACAGGAGAUCCUGCCCUUUUCGUACCGCUCGAGGCAGAUCGCCAUUGUCACCGCCAGGUCCAUGUUCCGGCAGUUCGGCAGCCGCGUCAUCGAAAACGGCCGCAGGGUUCGCGACGACUACUGGGAAACCAAGGCACGCAAGCAGGGCUUCACCGAGGCGGACCCUGCUGGCGAGAAGCGCCCGGGCGCGGCCAAGGCCCGCGAGGCGGCCGAGGCGCAGAACAACGUGCUCAUGAGCGGUCCCCACACGGAGAUUGUCUACAACAACAACCCUGGGCCUUACCCCGGUGCUCCGCAACCUCAUCUUGUCCAAGCAGACUUUGGCGACACGCGGCCACGAGACUUUAGUGGCAUCAUCAAGGGCGGCCCUCGCCAGGAGAUCACCGGCCCGCCGUACCAGGACCAGACGCGACCGUCGCCGAUCCAGGAGAUACACUCACAGGCUCACCACGCCGCCGAGUUCAACAGAAACGUUAACCAGCAGCGAGACAUGCGCAACGACUACAUGCAGAACAUAUGGCGGCGCCCCCACGAGCAGCCGCCCUCGUCGAGCAUGAGCCAGCAGCCGCCCGUUGCCUCGAGCGAUGCCGCCCCCGCGACGAGCAGGCCGUCCAGCUCGCCGCACACUACCGCUACGGGCGUUGCUCAGCAGCCCGUCGUAUCUUCGCAGAGUCCGCAGAUGAUGAUGACUGCCGCGCCGUACUCGCAGUCGAUUCACGCGCAGAACACGCUGGGCCAGGCCCCGAUGAGAAGCUCGUCUGGCAGCAUCAGCCAGGGCACCCCGGGCUACAACUAUCAGUCCAACCAGGCCAUGUGGUCGCAGAACCCGCAGAACCCGGGGCACACGUACGGGAGCUACACGACUCAAUCGCAGUCGCCACACCCGUCGCAGUCCCCCGCGUCGCACCUCCGACAGCCCAGCGCCGGGCAGAUCCAGCCCAACAUGCCGUUCCCGGCCAUGGGCGGGAUGCAAUAUGGCGCGAGUCAGGGUAUGUACUCGGCGGAUCAGACACCCAGGGGCUACAUGCCCCAGAGCACACCUGGUGGGCCUAACGCGUCGCAAGCCUGGUCUGGACAGCAGCACUCGCCCCCUCCGCAGUGGUGGGCGCCGCCGCAGCAGCCUCAAUGA